AAGUCUCCUUGCUAGCGAAAUAUCGACGACAUUCUCUAGUAGCAGUUUACUCUUCGUCCUCAAACGUCGUCCUGUUACAUACAGGGCGAAUCGUCGGCAAACCUGCCCUCAAAGAAAACGGCCAACUGUUUCGUCUGCUUUUCUUCCGGAAUUCUCUCUCUCUGCCUCAUUGGACUGUUACAUCACUUUCAAUCAACUGCUGGUGCAUCGGAAUUGAUUGGUGACUCCCUCGUUUGUGUCUCCCUUUCCAAUGAUUGGCCUCGAUUAAAGGCUCUUUAACAUCUGCCAAGAAGGACUAUGUCGUCCAAACAGAGUGUCCACAGUUUGCGUUCCAGUUCACAAGCAGCUAGUGAGCGAUUGGAGGGCGGAAAAACAAAAAUGGGGCUGGUCUUUUCUCAUUUAUUUCAUAUUUUUUUUACUGCGUACGUACAGUAAAGCAACAGGGACAUAAAUAACUUUGGACAGCAGAUUGAUCGUCAGCUUGUACAACGUAUAGAGAACACUCGUCUCUCUCUCGUGUUGUGUAUGUGCAGUGGCUGAUGAAACGUUUCGCAGAAACGGAGCCGUUCAGGCACCGCAUCCGAGUUAUCGAUCCAGUAAAGCAGUCAACUUCUUUCGUUUUUCUUCUUCCUUCGAUACAUAUUUCAAGUCUGCACAGCGAUUGAAGAACACAAAUUAUAUAAGAACAGUGGGGGGAGAAGGCAAAGAUCUGUUGGAUCCGGUGGGUGUGUGUGUGUGCGUGCUGUGUAUAGUGUUUGGUGAGGUGUGUAUGUGCCGCCGUGUGUGUUUGGAAAUAUCGCGAAACAUUUCGAGGUGCUGCUGUUGUGUGCGCAGAAGAAGGAACCGAAUUUUAAAAACAAAGGAAACCUGUAAAAUGGCCGACUGUUGCGACCAGGGCAGCAACAACUGGACGAUGCUGUUGUUGACAUUGUUGUUGAGCUGGCCAGCGACAGUGUCCGCCUCUUCGGCCGUUUCUUUAGCGUCGUCGUCUUUCCUGGCGCCAUCCGAGGUCAACACUUGCGACAUCUCGGAGUUCCGGUGCCCGAGCAAAGACGGACAAGGAACACUUUGUUUGCCGAUGGAUCGCUGGUGCAACGGCAAAGACGAAUGCGACAACCGCGUCGACGAGCCUCGAUCCUGCACCAUUUGCAACCGGACUUAUUACGCACGGCUGGGAUCAACAUAUCGGCUGAGUCUCGUCCGCCCCAGAAUGUCGGGCACGACCCAAAUUCUUCCGUGGCAUUGCUGGUUUAAUUUUACCGCUCUCGGUGGUCAUCACGGCGAUCGUGUUCUCGUGGGGAUGGAAGCGUUUUCUGUGGGCCAAUUGCAUCGAUCGGAGAACGGCAGUCUGUGUUUGGGUGGCCAAGUUGUUCAACGAGACGCUUCGUCCACUCCGGCCGAUGUGGAUGUUGUUCACGGUGGCGAUCAGGUCAUCACCGGAGCCUGGUGCGGAGAAGGAUGGGGUCAACCCAUAACUACAAGCGCCGGUAAAUGGUUGCAGCUGAUGUUGACCAUCAGCGACAUCGUCGAUUUGAGCCGAUUUCGUUUCGACUUGACGUACCGGGUCGUCCGCGCUGACAUGGGUAACCUUUCACCUUCGACGUCAGCCAUCACCAGCACGGCUGGCGGUUAUAACGGCGGUGGAGGAGCAGCAGCUAUUCUUUGGUACGGCGAUCCCGUACCGGGCACUCUGUGCUCACGCAACCUGCACAGCUGCGAUCAACGGACGUGCAUUCUACAAUCACCUAACUUUCCGGGCCUUUAUCCGAGAAAUGCGACUUGCUACUAUUACAUCCGGCAGGCGUGGUCACCGAAGAACCAAACCAUUUUACUGACAUUAGUGCAAACAGAGCCGGGCCAAUCGUUUUCCGUGCGCACGUCGGAUGCCGGAGAAAAAGAGCGCAAAAUGAUGAGCGGUCGUGAGUGCCGACCGUGGGUGGACGACACCGUCUCCGUCUACAACGGAGCCACCAUCGAAUCGCCUCUGUUAGCUCGUCUGUGCGGCACUGGAACUAUGCCGCACAUCACCGGAGCCGGAGGAGAAUUGCUGGUCGUGUUCCACAGCCAACCGCACGACGCUCCGUUCAAUCCGGCUCCGUUAGGAGCCAGUCCGGGCUUCCGUUUGACGACGAGGGUGCGUUUCGUAGCCGCCAAUCAGGUGCGACAAUACCAUCCGGAAUGUCGCAUCUCCAUAGCCAGUUCGGGAUCGAAUAGCCGUCGCAGUCAGCGUCAGGGAAUCAUCCGCAGUCCGGAUGCGACGAUAGCGCCAAACACGACCUGCCUCUACGAAUUCACCGGAAGGGAAGAUCAAAGAGUGUGGAUGACCUUCCUCUCGUACCGACUGCAGGCCAGCGAAGAUGGCGACUGCCUGACGCUGACAGACGGGCAGGAAUUAGUGUUCCGCCAGUGCGGAGCCGACAUCCAGCCGCGUAUUUGCCCUCACGCGCUCGUCCAUGCCAACGCAUCGACAGCUUACAAACCUUGCCGCUGGCAAGAUGGCGAGAGUUACCUGUCGCGAAGUCCUCGCUUCACCAUCCGGCAAGAGUUGGCCACCGGAACGGCCAUCCAUCCGUGGAGUUUCGUCAUCCGCUACGAGUUCAUUACCGUCGAUCGUUUCACAUCGAAGCAGCCACUCGUUGGCAAAGACGAGACGAGACCUUCCGAAUGGCCGGAAGCGUCGUCAACGACGCCCGGAGAUGACGACGACCAGCUUUUAGCGUCGCAGUUGAUGACUCCCGAUUGCUUCCAGCUGCUGGAAAGCGCCAAAGGAAAUGGAAGCAUUUCUUCUCCACGCAAUCCGUUGCUGUACGGACGUGGAGGCAGCCGCCACCUACGCUGCCUCUAUCGUUUUCAGGCCGGCAAAGGUGAGCACACGCAUUUGACCAUCAACCCAUUCCACUCGACGGGCUGCGCCCGUUUCAAUCAGAGCGGUUGCCAGGCCUGCCUGAGCGUCGACGAGGUAUUCUGGGGUGGCAAAGUGCGUCGGCGUUCGUAUCACACGUGCCGCUCGUUGUCCGGCAACAACCCGGUCGUUCUUCAGAGCGCCGCCUCUUCGCUGGAGUUGAUUUUUGAGGUGCGCGACAUGAACUGGGCCCAGGAUGACGAUCAUUUCUACUUUGUGGCCGAAUAUUCGUUCUCGCGCGGCAUCGAUCCGCUCUGCUGGGACAGCCACCAGCAGACGGGCAAGCGCGGCAACUUGCGCAUCGAUCCGCGCGAUCGCUGCGUCCGCCACAGCAUCCCGUGGCACAUCCAGGCGCCCCGCGGAGGUUACAUUAUUCUGGUUUUCCCCGCCGGACAAGCGUCCAUCACGAAAACAGUCGAAGGGUGUCCGACUAACAAUCGCCUCUUCGUCUACUCCAUCACCGAUGGCAAAACCCAAUUGUACAGGGAAGUUUGCCUGAUGGCCGGCAGCAGUCUCCUAAGUAGUUCCGACAAGGCGUUCCAGCAGCCGCUCAAUCUCUACUCGGCCGGAUGGGCAGAACGUAAUUGGAUGUCCGAUGGACUCUUGGUCGUCGCUUCAUUACAGGGAAUCCCCAUCGCUGAUGAAACUCCGCUCAUCGUCACUUGGCUGUCCGUCUUCAAGGAUGUGGCCAGUAAGUCGAUGUCUUUCGCUGCCCGUCAGUCUGCUCAUGGCAAUGCCAGUCAAAUGGUCUGCCGGACUGGGUGUCCAGCUUUAGGGGCUUGUUUGAGCUCCGAUCUGUGGUGCGAUGAUCGCGAAGAUUGUCCUGAUGGAUCGGAUGAGCAGCAAUGCAUCCGGCUGGUUUUCUGGCCGUUGUACGUUGGACUGGUCGUCAUUCUAUUGUCACUGACAGCCGGCCUUGUGGCCGCUUUUCUUGUGCGUCGCUAUUAUCAUUCGCGACGGUACACUGCUAAUGGACGGCCCUACAAGCCUCGUCCCAAAGAGAACACCAAAGCGAAAUUCAGUUCGGUUACUGUCAGCCUCACCCGACAUUACGAGAAGGGCGGCCCAGGAUCCUGACAUCCGAUCACCCAACCCGACACGCCGCACUGGGCAACAGAAACCCUGUGCGUCGAUGAUUGGGUUACUAGUGUCUGAUUUUUUUUGUCUAUCCUUUUUUUUAAAUUAUUAUUAUUAAAAUUUAUUUAUUUAUUUUAUUUGUUUUGUUUUUUUUUGGAAGGGGAAAGGGAUCUGUGUGUAAAAAAAAAAGACAAAAAUCUCAAAUCUGUUGGGUGUGUGACUGUGUGUACGUGUAAACUGUUUUGAUGGCCGAGGAUGUUCAUUGAUUCUCUCAGUCCAUUCCUGGGACUUCAACUCUUCCGAUCUCUCUUCUCUUUUUUGAUCAAUUUUUAUGAUUGAAGAACAACAACUGCAAAGUGAUGAUUGACGGCGUGACCGAUAUGUCUUCCAUCACUUGGUAGCUCAUUUGAUGUCAUGUUUCUUUCUGUUUUCUUUUUAUUGUAUUUAUUGUCUCUCAUAUCCAAAGCCUACAUCUGCGUCGACUGGUCGAAUUCGUUUAAUUUUUCCUCGCGUUGAAACAGUUUUAAACAAAUUAUCAAAAGUCACGUUACGACGAUAGUUAAAAAUAUCAGAAAAUUACCAAAAGAAAAAGCCAAAAAAAAUAAUUAAAUAAAAAUAAAUAAAAAGCCAAAAUUAGUUCAUUUUUAUUGCCGAUUGAUCUCUCACGUCAAAAUGGGUUUAAUUAUUCAUCGGUUUUGUUUGUUUUCUGAUUGGGUUUAUUCCACUAGGCGCGGGUGAUAUGUUUUUCGAAAUUUUACAUGAUCUCAAAAAUGAUUCGUGUCGAACAACUUUCUUUCACGCAUUGUGUGUAGUUUUUUAUUGUAUCCCGUUCCACUCAAAACAAUUGAAAUUACGCCGUGUAAAUUAUUGUGAAUGCAUUCCAGUAUCAAACGAGAGAUUUAUUUAAUGGUGACGAAAUCAAACACACUGAUGACCGUGUAUCACCAUCAAGUGAACAAGCAAAACUCAUUCCCCGAUUUCGACAUCACAUUUGAUCGAUUCAUCACCACACACACAUACGAAAAACACAUUUUCAUAAGAAAACCAGAGUUUUAUAAACGUUCGUUUACAGGGGGCGGAUAACAGAUAAUUACUGCCGAAAAAUGCCGUUCUUUCCCCAGCGGGAAUCAGUUGGACGUGAAGUGUGUUCACAUGUAUAUGGUCCACGGGACACAAUUCCAUUCUGGGGGUGUGGUCUGAGCAUCCCCAAUGCAUGCUUCAUGCCUUCUUUCAUUCAAAGCCCAACCUCUUUACGUUUGUUAGCGGUUCUUUACAAGUACAUUUUUUGUUUCCGUAAACCCGUUCUUUGCUCAUCCACAGCUGAAAUGAUUACAAUAUAAUGUUCUUGGGUUUCUUCCCUUUUUUUGAAAAAAUAAUCAACGUCAGAUUGUUAUUUAAAUUGUUUAUUUCCAAUUGUGUACAUAAAACUCUGUAUGUGAUGAUAAACCAGAUUCAGUCGUGUUUUUUCCCAGUAGGAAAUAUUAAAUGAACCGAAAAAUACCCAACAUUGAACGACCACGACACUUAUCAAUUGAAAACAAAACAAAAAACAGAACGAGCGGACGCGAAGAUAUGAGGACAUGGAAACGCUAUAUUCACGGACAUUGAUGGAAUACCAUCAGUUCUGUAUUCAUCAUUUUAUAUUUCGUGAAAGGUGAAAUACAAUGGGAAGUGUUCAAUCCUU